CGCGCCGCCUGGCGACGCACGCGCCGCCCGCCCGCAUCGCCGCCGCUGCCCUCGCUGCUGGGCAGCAGCAAGCGCGGGGGCGCGCCGGGCGCCGCGGGCAGCCCCAGUCUGCACAGCAGCAACGACAGCGGCUUCAGCAACGAGACGCCCCCACAGCCAGAGGUCGACUACUCCGACGACGACAGCGUCAGAACAAAUGUCUUCGCCACGGUGAAACUUCGAAAAACGGCAACGAAUGAUCGUUCUGCUCCGUUCAUAUCAUAAAUUUGCGGAAGUUGGAGCUGGAUACAGAGGCUGGGAGAAGAGGGUUUGCGUCAAGAACUGUGAUGAUGGUCGUGGUGGUUCUGGAGUAGUGCCUUCUUUCAAUUUAAUAAUUGUAUAAAGUUUUAUCUAGAAUCAAAUGUUACGCUCAGUGUAGAUACAUUCUAGUCAACAGCAUGUAUUAAAUAUUUUGUUCUCUUAAUGUAUUAUCAACAUUUGAUGUUUUGUCUUCAAGACUAUUGGAAUUUUAUUAAAAUAUACUCUAUUACAAAAA